UAAAAUGUAAAUUCGCAAUCUACCUCCUAAUCAAGUUUCUAAAAGAAUUCAUUGAUAUUGCCACAGACUUUACAAAGUUUUCAAUGGUGUCUGACAAAGCGAUCAAGUCUUCCAACGCCCUCAUCAACGAUGCAACAGCCCCAAGCAUCGCAGUCUUCGUUGGAGGCACAUCUGGCAUCGGCCAAUACACCAUUGAAGCUCUCGUUGCGACGGGCGUGAGCACGCGCAUCUACCUAGUCGGCCGCAAAAGCUCCGAAGAGCGCAUGAAAUCCUUCAUCAAGGAAUUACAUGCCGUCAACCCCAAAGCAGAAAUAAUAUGGGUGGAGGGCGAGGUGUCGCUCCUUGCCGAAUCGAAGAGAAUCUGCGAGUUCAUCAAGACCAAAGAGUCGCAUAUCGAUCUGCUCUUUCUCACGACGGGCUUCGCCGCUUUCGGCGGACGGCAAGAGACGGCUGAGGGGUUGGAGAUUACGCAGACGUUGGAGUAUUAUACGCGGAUGCUGUUUGUGCAGCAUCUGCUACCGCUUUUGAAUAGUGCAGAGGCUGCACGAGUGAUUUCCGUUCUAGGUGGUGGAAUCGAAAAGACCAGCUCCAUCGAUAUCGACGACCUGGGUCUGAAGCAACCCGGAAAUUUCGGCCCGGUGAAAGGGCAGACGCAAUUCUCGACCAUGAACACGAUUUGUCUCGAUAAGUUCGCGCAACAGAACCCUAGCGUGACGUUCAUCCAUUCGUGGCCCGGAUGGGUGACUACGGGGAAUGUCGACAGGACUUCUGGGCCGCUGGGACCGCUCUUAGCCUUUGCUAUACGGUUCAUUUUGAAGCCCAUUAUUGCGUUCUUUAGUAUUAGUAAGGAAACUUCGGCACAAAGAUACUUGUUCCAGAGCACCAGUGCGUAUUAUGGUGGGAACGGGACAGCUUGGAGAGGGGACUUUGGAACGAAUACAAUGGGUCAACAAGAGAAUGGGAUGUUCCUCGUUCAUUUUAGAGGAUAUACCACCCCGAAUCUGAAGGUCAUGAAAGUGCUUCGUGAGAAGGCGAUGGACAAGGUCUGGGAUCAUACGCAGGAGGUCUUUAAGCCUUACCUGUAG